CCCCCAGCAACCACCACCAUGACUCCCGAGUCCCCCGACCUCGCCGAGGUCCAGUCCGUCUUUAGUCUGCAGGAGCUCGAGCCCUCGCCCGUCGACGAGGAGCCCUACGAGAAUGAAAAAGGCUACUUCGAGCCCGAGCCAUCGCCGUCGCCGCCCCCGCUGGUCGCCCGGGCCACGACUUUAGGACUCAGCGGCCAUGGCCCCGUAUAUUGGCUGACGCGCAUCCAAAAAUACUCGUCCUACGUCUUCACCGCCUACACGGCCGCGCACCUCACCAACACCUCGAUCCUGCCGCUCGUCACCCGCUCAAUUCCCGACUCGGACACGUACCUCUUGCUCACCCGGCCCUACUACCAAGACUUUCCCUUUGAGCCGCUUCUGGUCGUCGUCCCGCUGGCCGCGCACAUUGGCUCGGGCCUGGCGCUGCGCCUGUAUCGCCGCCGCCAGCUCGUCGCCCGCUACGCCGGCGAGCGCGCCUCCCGCCACGAGCGCCGCAGAGUCCCCUGGCCCGCCAUGUCGGGCACCUCGGCGCUCGGGUACUCAGCCAUGUGGCUGGUUGCGGGGCACGCGUUCAUCAACAGGCUGCUUCCGCUGUAUGUCGAGGGCAGCAGCGCCGGCGUCGGCCUCGAGUAUGUCAGCCAUGGCUUUGCCAGGCACCCCGUAGCCUCGUUCACUGGCUUUACUGCUCUCGUCGGCAUCUCCGUCUGGCAUGGCGUGUGGGGCAUGGCCAAGUGGUGGAGGAAGAACCCCGCGAGCGUCACGAGGGGCGGCCUUGGUGGUGAGUUGCAGAAGAAGAAGAGGUGGUACGGCAUCAAUUUCAUUGCGGCCGCUUUGACGGGGUUGUGGCUUGCGGGCGGGCUGGGUGUCGUUGGUCGCGGUGGUGCUGCCAAGGGCUGGAUUGGCAAGCAGUACGACGAGCUGUUCAGGAGCAUACCCUUCUUUGGACAGUGGUUCUAGGCAACGCCUGGAUCGAUGUGUAUAUGUGUGAUGCAUAGCGAGGUGUAACAGCGGCGGUACGAUUGGCAUGAUAUGUACGAUCCGCUAGAUAGAUAUCCCAGAUUAAAUAGAUAAAGAUCUCCCGUAUUACUAGUAGAUAAAAACAAGGAAAGAAGGCAU